AUUACAACGAUGCUGAUUCCAUAUCAAGCAGCCUAGUUUGGCUUCGUAUAAAAGCCGAGGUGUAUCUCGUGGUUGACAACCCCACUCACCAUGACCAUCUCCAUGAAUUGGGCCCUACUUCUCUCAAUCGCGUCUCUCGUCUUAACUCUCUUCCUAUAUCGUCGGUCUCGGAAGCCUUCGUUUGCGCAUAUUCCUGGCCCCAAAAGUCCCUCAUUUCUGAUAGGAAAUCUUGGGGAAUUGCUUCGUGCGCAGGCAGGCGAGACGGACUUUAAGUGGCAAUCCCAGUUCGGAGAUGUAGUUCGAUUCAGAGCCCCGUUUGGAGUAUCUAAUAAGCUUACUCUAUCCUGCCCAAGUACCGUUUCUGACCAAACAAUUAGGAAGACCGUCUGCUCAUAGCAGACCCGAACGCAAUCCACCAUAUUCUGCAAGGAUAUAGUUGGGCAGUCCCGACAGAGCGGCGUACGAGAUCCUUGGCUAUGAGCGGUCCUAGUGUUGUCUAUGCGGAAGGGGAUGACCACAGGAGACAGCGAAGAAUAAUGGCCCCUGGUUUUGGUACGCCCCAGGCGAAGGCCUUGGUGCCCAUCUUCUCCGCGGUAGCGUCCUCUGUCACGAACAAAUGGAAAGACCUGCUCUCGAUCUCAAAUGAUCGUUCUGAGGUAUUCAACAUACCUGCAUGGAUAUCACGCGCAACUCUCGAUGCUAUAGGUCUCGCUGGUUUCGACUAUGACUUUGGGGCUAUGGACAACGACGAUAAUCGGUUAGCAAAAGUGUACAAAAAUCUCUUUGCCGAUCUGUUCGCCGCUCCCACAAACGGAAUGUUUAUGGUGGGGACCCUGAUUUCAAUCCUUCCUGCCAAAGUCGCGCAGUGGUUUUUGGAAUACAACCCAAGCGCGAGGCUAGCGCGCGCUCGAGUUGUUCGUGAAGUUUCCCAAGAUGUCGCUCGUAACCUGGUCUCAGCGAAAAUAAAUGAGAUUGCGAAUAUGGAGGGAGGAAAAGACGUUAUGUCUCUGAUGAUCAAAGCAAACCUAUCGGAGAAUGCGCGGAGUAGGUUGAGCGAGAAAGAGCUGUUGGCACAAAUGCAAGUUUUAUUCAUAGCAGGCCACGAAACCACCGCAAACACCUUGAGUUGGACAUUACUUGAGCUUUCCCGGCGCCCCGAGCUGCAGACAAAGCUACGUCAAGAAAUCCAUACCAAGGAGCGCGAACUUGCUCGAGAAGAAAGAACGGAAUUCACUGCUGAAGAUUUCGAGAGCCUCCCUUAUCUGAGCGCAGUUGUGAAGGAAUCUCUCCGCUAUCAUCCGGUUGCUCUCCAUAUCGCCAAGAUGGCUAUAGACAACGACUGUAUCCCUCUCAGCAACCCUAUCACUACUACAGAUGGGAAGCAAAUCGAUCAAAUUACUGUCAGUAAAGGGCAAAUUGUUUUUCUUUCCAUUCCUGCUUAUAACAGGAAUAAAGCGGUAUUCGGAGAAGAUGCACACGUAUUCAGGCCUGAACGAUGGCUACAGAAAUCUGAAGGAAUGGGGAGUACAUCGGUAGGCGUGUAUGCCAAUCUUUUGACCUUCUCCGGAGGCGUCCGGUCAUGCAUUGGCUGGAGAUUCGCGGUUCACGAGCUUCAAGCGUUCUUAGUCGAGAUGGUCCGAAACUUUGAGUUUUCGUUAACACCGGAGUGCGAAAGGAUUCGUAGAGAGGCUUGUGGUGUUAUGGUUCCAACUCUCGCUGGCGAACUCGCAAAAGGAGUGCAGUGCCCGCUGAAAGUGCGGUGUGCUAGGAGGGAUGAGUACUGAGUACUGAGUGUUAUCCCGGACUCGACGGGUUCGAACCUGUACAUUAUAUGUAUCGCUCUCGUAGCUGUUGACCGAAAUGUGGAUGUGAGUGAAC